AAAAUUAUCUGAAAUCCUUUGACAUCAUCUUUAAUAAUGUACAUGACUACUUUCUGGCAAACAGAGGGACCACUGUACUACGUGUCCACAACCCAUCAAUUUGGAACCGGUGCCAUUGAAGACUUUGGAGCAGUGGCAUCACAGAAAGCAUGCCCAUUUCCUUCUUGGGUGGACACACCCCUUAAACUUGACACCGUGUAAGCAAGCAAAGCUGCAGAAACUCACUACUAGCCACGGGCACAUCAAACCUGUCGGCUUCACUCAAGGUGGAAAACGUCGACCAUUUAAAACCUUCAGAUUGACGAGGAGGCUACAAACCCCCCCUCACCAACAUGGGGGCUGUCGUCUCUCGGUGGAGGGCCAAACCUUCCACUGUGGAGAUAUUGGAGGGACUAGAUAAGGACAUUCAGCUUUACGAGGAACACAGCGAAAAAUACCAAAGGCAGCUGAAGAUUUGGCUCGGCCGACUGCUUUUGUACUCUGCUCUUCUCUACAUGAUCACCUGCAUCUUGGUGUAUUGCUGGUACUUGCCCGAGCAGCUCGUUGGGCGCUUUAUUCUUGUACUUCUCUUCGUCGUAUUUCCUGUAUUAGUGUGGUUGCUUCGAAAACUCAUGAUUGUAAUAUUUUCUCGAAGAACCACAAAGAAUAAUGAAAAACUGGAAAAUCUUAAAGCGCAAAAGAAGAAAAUUCUUGAAGAAGUUAUGGAAACAGAAACGUAUAAAAAUGCAAAAAUGAUUCUGGAAAGAUUUGAUCCUGAUUCCAAGAGGAGAAUGGAUCUGGAAUCGACUCCCCUCGGACACCAAAUGACCCCUAAACCAGGCCAAGAGAUUCGCCAGCGCAAUGUCAAUCCGCAAACCCCGUUGGCGGCGAAUCCUGGGAGCGGCGCAGCGGCCCGCCCUCCUCUUUCCGGCGGGCCCACCAAUCCCGGCCGAUCUUCACUCUCCGCUCCAGGAGGACCCCCAGAGAGGGGCCUGUCGGCCGUGGCUGCUCAGCAGAGCUUGAUGAGGAAGCCUGUGACCCCUGGAACACCUGCUCCAGGAUUUGGGAUGCACCCUCCAGGCCCGCCCCUGGCCAGACCAGUUCUUCCAAGACACAGAGGCGCAAUGGACAGAGUCAUUGAGUACCUUGUUGGAGAUGGCCCACAGAACAGAUUCGCUCUCAUAUGCCAGCAGUGUUUGUCCCACAAUGGCAUGGCAUUAAAAGAGGAAUUUGAAUAUGUCGCCUUUCGAUGUGCGUAUUGUUAUUUCCUGAACCCCGCCAGAAAGACCAGACCUCAAGCACCCAGAGUCCCCGAGGUCACUGGUGAGCUCAAGAUGUCUUCUGAGGCCCCCUCGUCAACGUCCAAUGUGGAAGAAGAUUCCUCACAGGCUGUUAAUGGGGACGCGCAGGAUGCGGCACCCCCAACUCCCCCAGAGUCCAGUCCUGAGUCUGCCCAUCAAAGCACUCUAGAGUCACAAGAUGAGCCCUCAGAGAAGUCUGAUGGAGAACAAGAUUUGUCUGCCAUGGAGGUGGACUAAAGUGGGCCCGUUCCACAUCAUCUGGAACUUUGACGAAAAAGGCUUAAUCAGAAUAACCGUUCUUCAGAGUUGGGCAGAAACCACCAAGGUUUUCAGCGUUUACAGCCCUUUGCCUCGACAAGUGUUUUUAUAGUAGCGAUGAAUUGUUUGGUACAAGCAACCGGUAGUUCCUCCUCACCAACCCUUUUGAAACCAGCCUUGUCUGAUAUGCUGGCGUUUGAAUCAGACAUGAUUACCUCUGUUUUUGACAUCAUGUCUUAAUAGGAAGCUACAGUUUUAUUUAUAAUGUCAAUUUAAUGCCAAUGACUGCUGCGCCUUAACCAGUUAUGUUGACCGCGCUACUGUUUCGCUAAGUGGUGCAACCGACAUGUUUACACGCAAUGGUACAUAAAGAAUGCACUAAAAUAUGUAUUUUUUUUCCUCACGGGGAUAGGAUAAUAAUGUUGGUACUGUGCAUCUGCUGGAGUGUCUUUUACAUUUUAAAUGGCUUUGAGUAUUUCUGAAGCAAUCCAUUUACAUUUCGACAAUCCAUUUUAGUGUUUUCAGUCAACUAAAUGAAUGUCUGUUGUGAAUGUGUCAGUUUGUCAAGUGUAAAUAAUAAUAGAAUAAAUUUUUGAGAACGUA